GUUCGCAAACUAGCGCGCGAGCGAGCAGUUGACAGCCACGGGCGAAGCAACGCUUAUUCGCCCCGCCUAUCAAACGCGAUUCGAGCAGCGCCGGGUGGAAUUCGAGCACUUUUAACGAAACAAGCUUUUGCUGUAAUUUCGUCGAUUCAACGAAAAUUGUCAAGCAGGCAAGCGAACGAACAACACACACAUCUCGGAGCACCCCGGAACAAAAAUCGUCGUCCCCCUUGCAGUGCACGUAGUAGUGAUGUGAUUUGGAUGGAGAAUUUGAUGAAAAGCAGUCUCAUCAGCUACCUGCCGCAGCCCGAAACGAAACGACACAGUGAGCCACCGAUGAAUUGGCCACCCCGAGUGUGCUCUCGCGGAUGUUGUGAAAUUUGAUGAUGAUGAUAAGUGCUUGAGGUGUGUGCGCUCUGGUGGUUUGUGCGUGCGGGUCAAAAGAAGAACACCGAGCCACCCUCCUCCUACGAAUCGUCGAAACACACACAAAAAACGGCCAGUGCGUAGAAUGCGCUGAUUGCAGCCGCCGUUCGACCUUCUGCUCUUCUCUGCUGCCUUGAUGUUACACCAUCGGAAAGGAAAAGGAAAUAUGCGGUCGGGUUUUGGCCAUGGCAGUUAAGCUACGGCGCCAGACACAGCAGCAGCAGCAGCAGGAGGGCACGUAGGGGAGAGCGCAUGCAUCAUAUUUGCGGCCAAGGGGGUCGGUCAGUUAGCAAACACAACGAGGAAACAACAGCAGUGUCCCUUUAAUGCAUCGGUGUGUACAUGAUGCAUUUGAAAUGGUUGCUGGUGUAGUGGAGUACGGAAGCACACACAUUCACACGACCAACAAAUCAUUUACACAAACUCACAGCGGACAAGCGGAUAGAACGAACGAACAAAAAAAAGUGCGUGGCUCCUUCGUUAUCUCAAUUAUGCGAUGUGUGUCUAAUUGACAUUUAACGACAGUAGCAAGAAAAAAAACAGGGAGGAAGUACCCGGAAUGAAGUGAAACCGUUUUUACCAUCCCACGUACGGAGAAACAGUAACUACCCGAUCAGGCUGGCACUGGUCGGCACUAUCCCAAACUUGGAAAUCAUUCUCUAGCGUCGGAUCAAACCCACCCGCCCUUUUAAAGUGCAAUCCUUUCGUGAGCAACAGAGUCGUCGUUGUGAUGCAAGUCAGCCAGCAAUAGUAGCUCUCUACAUUGAAAGAUUGUCAUACCACACACUAGACCGCGCAUCACCGCGCGGAACAAAAAGACCACACAGAGACAGAAACAAUCAUUAUGUUGCUGUAGAGUAAAAAAAAAGAGUGGUGGCAAAUAUGAAUCACCGCGAGCAGCAGCACCGCUGAUCCCAGCAAUCCGUUCAAAAGCAACAACACAACAGUGCAGAGUGCAAAGGAAAAGUGGGAUCGUAGUGUGCGCCUCCCUAACGACGGUAGAGAAGAACAAUCGAAGCAGAAACGUCUAGCCUGGCUGUUCUGUUACGGGUCGUACGCAGGUACGCAGGACGAAAGCGAUUGCCCCCUAAGGGCAAUAACAUAACAGCGAAAAGCCCUCAGGAACGCAGGGAAAAAGGAAAAGCUUCGGCAAAUUGGUGCACAGACGUCGCGACGACAUAUUCUGAUUGGGCGCUGUCCGCGUCGGGGUGUCGACGGCGCCACCGCCGUGCAUCGGUGUGUUUGUGCGUUACGCAUCCAUCCAUAGCACCACGGCGGCGGCGGUUGUAUUUUAUUGUUGAGCGCGCGCGUGUGUGUCUCUCAACAAUAAUUAUCGACAAAGUGGCAAGGGCAGCGAGGGCAGUGUAUGGAUUUGUAUGAUACGCCACAGGCGAGAGCAGCAAGAGCGGUGACCAAUUUUCAGCCAGGCGCGACAAAAAAGGUGGCUCGAGAGGCAAACAACAACAACAGCUGUAGGAGUAGUAGUGGUAGUAGUCUAGUCACAGGGACCCUAGUCAUCACUGAUUGUGGUUUCCUCCGUAGUGCGGCCGCUAAUCGCAACAGCAAGCUGGACGAGCAGCAGCCGCCCGAAUCGAAAGAAUCGCACCAUCGACCGAUUCGCAGCCCGGUACCGCGACGACACCAUCAUCCAAGACAGCAGCGGCUGGGCAGUUGCGACAGUGCGGGUAGCAGCAGCGGCGGCGGCGGACGGCGAGAUAAGCACAGUAGGGACAGGUCCCGCGAGGAAGCGGCGAUAGCAAGAAGCGGCAGCAGCGGCAGAGCGCUGGAAAUGACUACUGCGACAAUGGAAAUGCUAACGACAGCGACAACAACCACGCCUGCAACAGGCAAUUCCGCCUCGAUGGCCAGUACGACCGCAGCCAGCGGAGGUAGUGGAAGUGGUGUCGCGUUCAGUACCGGUGCCAGCCUGGACGAGAUGAUGCGCGGCACGAUGAUGCCCGUCGAUUACGGCAACCUGUCCGGCGUGGUGCCGCUGCUAGAGGAAGUCGACGGCAAUCUGACAACCGUGUCGCAGCACAGCAAUGAUUCGAUCGAACGUACGCUGCUACCGGGUUCGACCUCCUCCGGUGGCGGUCAGCCGCAUGGGCAUGCUCACCAGAAGGGCCAUUCGCGGGGGAGCAGUGCGCCGCAAGCGUACGAUCGCAUCACGACCAAGAUCGCCUGCACGAAGGAACUGAUACGUAAGGAGCAGGAAGCGCGCGAUUCGAACGUGAACGAGUAUCUGAAGCUAGCGGCAAACGCCGACAAGAACCAGCUGCAACGCAUCAAGGCCGUGUUCGAGAAGAAGAACCAGAAAAGCGCCAACAACAUUUCCCAGCUGCAAAAGAAGCUGGAAUCGUACAACAAGCGCUUCAAGGAUAUGCAGCAAACGCAACAAAAGCAGGCCCAGCAGCAGCAACAAUCGCAACAGCAGCAGCAGCAACAACAGGCACAGCAUGCCGCCGCGGCCGCCAGCUUAUUGCUGCAGCAGCAGCAGCAACAGCACCAGCAGCAGCAAGCGGUACUGCAUACCGGGGGCAGUCAAACCUUACCGCCAAAUUUGCAGCAACUAGCGGUCACGACCAGUCAGCAGCAGCAGCAACAAAGCUUUCUACAACCGCGCGAAAUGCUGCGCGACGUUGGCCAGGGGCUGAGGAACGUAGGGGGUAACAUUCGGCACGGUGUGACCGGGCUGUCGGCAACUGUGAUAUCGAAGCCACGCAAAUUUGCUCAUCUGAUACGAAACAAGUUUGGCAGUGCGGACAACAUUAACCAGCUGACGUCCACCUGGUACACCGGCAGUGCGGCCGACAGCGAACUGACCGGGAUGGACGUGACGGGUGGUGCCGAGGGGCAGCAAACGACGCCGAAUGCCAGUGGCCCCGGCGGUGGUGGGGGACAGAGCAAUCAACACAACACCAGCAUUAGCGAUAGCGAAGGUCGACGCACACACGGCACAACGCAAGGAGGGCAUGGGCAGCAGCAGCAGCAGCAGCACCACCACCACCAUCAGCAGCUGCACGGGGUGUCUUCGGGCCAUCGGCACCACAGCGGCGUUCCGGGUCCGGGUGGAAAGUACAGCGAACAUGACAGUGAAUGUAGCAGCGUCACCAGCGACAGCAUACCGCUCGGAUCGGACAAACACCGGCUCAGCUGCAGCCAGCGAUGCGUCAAUUACAAAGCCCUCAAUGAACUGCGUGACGAGUACCAGAAGCUGAAGGAACGGCUCGAUCGGGUCGAGCUGGUGCAGAAAGAGGUGACCGAGCUUUCGAUGGCCCUCGAGAAUGAACGGUACCGGGCGGAUCGGCUCGAGGAGCAGAUAAACGACCUGUCCGAGCUACACCAGAACGAGCGUGAAAAUCUGAAGCAAGCGAUUGCCGACCUGGAGGAAAAGGUGCAAUACCAGAGCGACGAACGGUUGCGGGACGUGAACGAAAUUCUCGAAAACUGCCAGACGCGCAUUUCCAAGAUGGAGCAAAUGUCGCAACAGCAGUACGUCACGGUUGAAGGCAUCUACAACUCGAAUGCGCGUGCCGUCGUCGUGAAGCUGAUCAACGUCGUGCUGACCGUGCUGCAGGUGAUCCUGCUGUUGGUCGCCACGGUCGCCGGCAUCAUAGUGCCAUUUCUCAAGACGCGACUACGAGUGCUGACGACGCUGCUAUGCACGCUGGUGCUCAUAGCGAUAGUGCGGCAGUGGCCCGAUGUGCGGGACACCGGUGUGCAUCUGAUCCGGAUCCUACGCAGCCAGGUCGUGAGCGACACGGCAGCAACCUAGAUGCGGACCUGUUCCUCCGCGGUGGCUUUACGUGUGUGUGUGUGUUUUUAAAGGCGAAAGAGGGAGAGCGAAAGUGUGCAGGUGCUAUCAUAAAACCGGCGACCAAAUUCGAUUCCGAAUGCUCAGACAACACGUGUGUCGUGGUACAGGAGUAUCGGUAAGCUAGCUAGUGGCGCGCGCACGUCGAAGGGCGACGAGGCCGCAUUUUUGCUCAAAAUCAAAUCGAGGGAAAGUCUCUUAGUUCGCAACGGUAGAACUAUUUAAUAUUGGAAAUAGCCAGAUGUGUUAGUAGUGUUGAACGAGAAUCCAUCCAAGACAUGCUCCAUUCACAAACGUUACGCAAAUUCAUACACACCACAGAGGAUGAUAAAACUGUUUAGUAUUAUUGCAGGACACUAGGAUAGGAUAAGCGUGAGAGAGUAUGCAAACUGCUCUAACUCAGAGGGCUCAGAAGAGUGCGUGCGUGUGUGUGUGUGUUACAAUUGGCCAUAUAUUAUAAACACUUUGCUGCAAUCUUGAUUCUUGCGUAGAACAAACAUAUUUGUCCGUUCGUUCGUGAAGCCCGUUCUCUGAAAGCUCUGUUUAGCACAUGUGUACACAAACCGUAGGACACUGCUACUAGUGUGUAGAGAUUCUUAAACUCUCAACUCUCCUCGUAUUCCGGAAUGUUAGGCAUAGUAGUUUUCCCCAUGAAGCAAAACAAAAGGGUGAUGGUUUUUAAAGACUAUCGAUAAGCAGGAAAAUUUUAGCAAAAAAAAAGAAGCGAAAAACGAAAGCAAUCUUUUGUGUAGAGGAAGACAAACCCAAUAGAUGAUGUAGAAUUUUUCGAAAACGACUCCAAGAAUUGGUGUAUUAAGGGAACGAUUUGACACACAGCUAAAAAAAACACCCCGUAUCAAGCCCUCCACCCGCGGGGCCUUGAUCACCGCACACGAAAUGGUCUCGAAGAUGUCAGCAAACAAAUGCGAAUCGAAGAAAACAGGCUUUCCGUUUUGGAGUAUGUGUAAGAGGCGGCAAACUAAACAUGGGACACCGCGUUUAUCGUUGAAAGUUAGGCAAACGCACGAUCACCUAACGGUCGUUGUUGUUAUACGAUUUAUAAUGUAUGUUCUCUUAUGCUAUCGAGCUUCGUUUUUUAUGAUUUCUUCUGCCAAUGGAAGCAAUAUUAAGUUAUUCUUUGUGAGAGGAGUGGAGCGCAAAAUGCAAGCAAAACCACACAAUACAUUAAAGGAAAUUGCCAGCCGAAGGCAAAACAGUGAACAGGAGUAAUUGUGGUAAAAGUUAUUUGGGGGCCAUGGCAGGGACCCAGGGGAAAGAGGGGGGGGGGGGGGGGGGGGGUAGGGAAAUUACAUAAUACGGUAGGCGCGCAUAUACAUAACAUCGUGAUUAGAGCGGACGACGGUUCAAUUUAAGUUAAGUAAAACAGAGGGUAAACAUUAUUAUAGAGCAAGUUAUUGGCAGGAACGAAACGCGUUAGGAAAACGCUAGGGGAUUUGUAGUGUGUAAUAAUCGGCGCGUUUAGUAGACAACAGUAGAGAGACACCAUACAAGCAAACCUGCCACUGAAACGUAUAACGACAUACAUAAACAGCAAAACAAUCGAAACAGCAGCCUGGUGCAUCCGUAAGGAGCGCGCAGAUCGAGCCGAACCACGUACGAUUUGCAUCACAAGGGAAACCAACCAACCAAAGCAAAGAAGCAACACAAAAAACAACACGAACGAUCAAUCGCUUGAAAAAUCGGAAAAGAUUUUAGAAGCUAUAGGAACGAAAACAAUUAAGGAAAUAUGUACCGAUAUUUCACAUUUCAAUGUUCAAACUAAACAAUACCGCAAAGAAGUAGUAAUCAACCAUCGGGUGAUAUUUCCGAAACAAAACGAUUUCGCCGGGGAAAGGGAAGGGAAGGAGGCGGGCGUUGUGCGGGCGCUAGCCAGGCCGGGCACCACCCAAACCUCCCAAAAGCCUCCCACUUCCUCUUGCCCUUCUUCUUCUCUCUCACUCUCUCUAUUUAUGUUUCUCAAUCUAGAGAUUCGAAAAAUAAAGGAAAGACUACAACAUAAAACAAA